GGACAGGCCAGCCUCGCCAGGGGCACAGGCAUGGAUGGAGUGACGUCCAGAAGCCCAGGCGUCAGCACGGCAAGGCAGACCCAGAUAGUCGCCUGGUGACGGCUUGCCCACGUGACAGUGCGUCCGGGCCAGCCCUGCCCAGCACGAGCCGCGCGGUUCUGGCCGGGUUGUGGCCUUGUGCCUUUUCCGGCACCACCAGAAAGCUGUGAUCCUCCAGACCCAGACGUCCCUGGGGCUCAGGACACCCUCCUCGGGGUGCAGAACCUUCUCAGACCGGGUCCGGCCGUCCCUCCCUCCCGCUGCCCGGUGUUCAGCCCAGGUGGGCAGUCAACCCCUUAUUGCCAGGCCUCCGGAGGACCAGAAAUGCCCCCGCAUCCCCUGGAGGGACCCCUGGAGGUGGCCCGGAGCCUGGACGCCUGGUACCUGGGUCUCAGGGGGGACCCUCCUCCCAAGGGAGUUCCCUGAUUCCUGAGGGCCAGCAGUUCCGGCCUUGAGGUGGGGCUCCCCGGAGCCCUGCCUCUCACAUCCCUCCCCCACCCAGCAGACUCUCUCAUUCACUGGAGGCCUGGCCACGGCUCCGAGCUCGCAGUCCUUGCGUGUGCUAGGUAGAGAGGAGGCCUGGAGGCCAGGCCGGCCGCAGGAAGUUCAGGCAGCAGGCCAGCAGGAAGGGGAGAUGGGGCGCCCCCCAGACGCCCACAGCACCCUGGCCCCGGCGGGCACCACAACUGUACCCGGGCUCAUUCCGGACCUCGUCGCCGGGCUCCCCUGGCCCAGCUGGGCGCUCACGGCCGUCGCCGUGGCUGCCGGCGUCCUCGCCGUGUCCUGCCUCCUCUGCGUCGCCUGUUGCUGCUGCUACCAGGGCUGCAGGAAGAAGCCCAGGGGCCAGGAGGCUGUGGGCCUGGGCGGCCCUCAGGGCACCACCAGCAUCCACCUGGUGCAGCCGGACGUGGAGAGCUCGGAGUCUGCCCCCGGGGGCCCCCGGCACUGGGGACGCCUGCUGCUCUCCCUGGGGUAUGACUUUGGAAGCCAGGAGAUCCAGGUGGGCCUCAAGCAGGCCGCAGACCUGAGGGCCGGGGGCCCGGGCGGCACGGCAGACCCCUACGCCCGCGUCAGCCUCUCCACGGGGGUGGGGCACACGCACGAGACCAGGGUGCACCGUGGCACGCUGUGCCCCACGUUCCACGAGACCUGCUGCUUCCACGUGCCGCAGCGCGAGCUGGCUCGGACCGCCCUGCGGGUGCAGGUGCUAAGCUUCAGGCGGUUCUCUGCCCACGAGCCGCUGGCUGAGCUCAGCCUGCCGCUGGGCACCGUGGACCCGCAGCACGUCCUAGAGCAGUGGUACCAGCUGGGCCCGCCGGGCACCACCGAGCCCGAGCCCUCGGGUGAGCUGUGCCUCUCGCUCCGGUACGUGCCCGGCUCGGGCCGGCUGACCGUCGUCGUGCUGGAGGCCCGAGGCCUGAGCCCGGGACUGGCAGACCCCUACGUGAAGGUCCAGCUCAUGCUGAACCAGAGGAAGUGGAAGAAGAGAAAGACCUCGGCCCGGAAGGGCACGGCCGCCCCCUACUUCAACGAGGCCUUCACCUUCCUCGUGCCUUUCAGCCAGGUCCAGAGCGUGGAUCUGGUGCUGGCCGUCUGGGCCCGGGGCCCGCACUUCCGGGCCGAGCCCGUGGGCAAGGUGCUGCUGGGCGCGCGGGCCUCGGGUCAGGCCCUGCAGCACUGGGCCGACAUGCUGGCCCACGCCCGGCGGCCUGUUGCCCAGUGGCACCGCCUGCGGCCCGCCGGGGAGGUGGACGGAGCCCUGGCCCUGAAGCCCCGCCUGCACCUGCCCUUGCCUGGCUCCUGAAAGCGCCCUCGGGCCUCGGCCUCCCAGGCUGCGGUGUGGGCGCCUGUCCAGGCCGCCCCGCGGGACCACUAAUAAACGCC